CAACGUCCUCUUCAUCACCUUAUACAUUUUGGAAGGACCAUCGUGACCCAGAAGAAGAUUAUGCCGCCCACCAUCACAAGAAAUCAGUUCUGGCCAAAGUUAAGGAUAAGGCCAAGAAAAUUCGAUCUCAGCAAGAAGAAGCAUAGUGAGGAUGGUAGCAGCACCGGUGGCAGUGCUACCACACCCUCUUGGGGUGUCAGCUUAGAUGAUGAUGAAGACGAUGAAGAUGCUGAAUACCUUGGAGCCCCAAUGUAUGAAUCGGAGCUGGCUCCUGAAGGGUACAAGGAAACGGCGAGGCAGCAUCCAAGAGCAGUUCACGUGGUUUCUGAGAAGCAUGUUUUGGCAUGCAGUGUUAAUCUUGGUGGUGCCGAUCAGCAAGAAAAGCAAAAGCCUACAAUGACUGAAACUAUGACUGUCAAUAAGAAGUUGUCACCAUUGGAUGAAAAAACCCAUGCGAUUGCUUCAAAAUUUCAAGGCCUCACCAUUUCAGCCCCGACGGCUUCACAAACCGUUUCAGGCGAGGAAGCUUCACAACCCUUGUCAUGCCGGUGGCCAGCUCCACAAAUUUACUCAACCCCGGCGAGUCCACAAGCUUAUUCAGCCCCGGCUGCUCCACAUAGCGGAAAUGCUAGUUUUGGAGAGCAAAUUUGGGAUAAGGGUGUUUCGGUGAAGGAGUAUUUGAUUCAUAAGAUUGAGCCUGGGGAUGAUGAGAGAGCACUUUCUCAAGUGAUAUCGGAGAAGAUGAGUCCUAGAAGAACUCCUGGUGAUAUGGGUGUGGUGGAGAAGGUAAAAGAAGCUGUCACUUCUUUGCUCCGGAAUGAGUCGUCCAAAUACAGUACUGUCAGUACAGCUGCAAAUUCAGCUACAAACACACGGAUCUCCGCCAAUGCACAUUCGGCAGCUAAAAACUCACCAUCACACCUUCUGAUCUCCAUCAAUGCUCGUGAAGUUGGCGAUGAAGAAAAUCAUGGAAGAAUACUCCAAGCCAAUUGAGAGAGGAAUGCAACUGGUGAUAAAGAAUCAAAAUUGAAUCGUGUACGAGUUUUGGGUAUCAAUAAGUAGU